AUGCCUGCCCAGGACAAUGAUCCAUCGGCUUGGGAAUCUCGCUUCGACCGAAAACCCGUUUCCGCGAAUCCCGUGAUCGCAAACCUCGAUAUCGAAUACAGUGAAUUGGCUCAGUCAUGGAAGGCUUUUAUUCGUCAUGUACCGGCCGAGAAUCGUGUGGUAUGGGAGGAGCGGCCACAGACCGUCACCGAUGUUCAGGCUCUGGUGCGCAACUUACACACCGUAUGGGCAUCCCGCCCCCGCCAACGGGUUGCCGGCCUCUGUGAACGAUUCAUCCCGACCGUCGAGACCCAUGCUCAUAUCCUCGCCGUCCUACCCGAUGGCGUUUUGUAUUAUACCCCGCUGCUGUAUGGGGUUCUUCAGUCGGUGAUCAAGGCAUCUUCAAAUUACCCAAGAGUCCUUGAGGGGCUCCUCACUGCGUUAAAUAAUAUUACGAGUGCCAUCCGGCCCCCGGCGGACCUCAAUCCCUCCCACAGGGAACCCGUGGCCGAAAUAUAUACACUGAUCUUCUUAUUCCUGAAUGAAUUUAUGGAUUGGUAUGUGCGCCGGUCCACGUGCCACCUGUUGAGAAGCCACAGCCAGGAUGCCUAUGCCCACUUCCACCCUUUGGUCAUUUGCAUCCAACGCCAGGCUCAAGACCUCUCGGGACCUACGGAUGUGAUGGAUAUCGAUGAUGGUUGGGACUCCGCCUAUAGUCCGCGCUCUCUGUGGGAAGAGUCUCAGCUCAGCCAGGUCGGACGGGAAGGAAAACGCCGACGACACGCCGCGCAAAAUACCAUGACCCGACGCCUGAUAUGGGAUAUCCAACAGGAUGCAGAGAAGCGCGACCGAUUAAGAGAGACAAGGGAUCAGCUAUUAAGGCAGAUGCUACAGAAUACAACUGAACAACUGGUUCCUACGAAAGAACAGAGCAAGCGUAUUGUGUGCUUGACUACUGCUGCACCGGAUCUUGUGGUACCUCUAGUGGAAUGGUCUCGGGGCUCCAAGCGCCGGUUAGCCCGUCUGGAGUUGCAAAGUGAAUCCAAGCAUCUCCAGCCCUUCUUUGAUUGCGAGGAUCAGAUUCCACACUUCGACCCAGACGCCAAGGUUGUGACCGAAGCCAGCACCAUCACCUCUCUCCAGAAAUGGGUCACAAGCCCCCGCUCCCAGGCUUUAACUGUGGCCGGAACCCAAUCUACGGAAACGUUAAGCCCGGUAUCCCUGAUCGCCGCAUCGUAUGCCUUUUUUGCUCGGGAGGCCGACCUUCCGACUCUGUCACACUUUUGCAAGCUCUCCCCCAAAGAGGUCUCCGGUCAAACCCCGCACCAGCAGGGACUCAUCGCUUUGACCUAUAGUCUGAUCCGACAAAUGAUUGAUAAUUUACCGACGGUGGUUGACAGUGACUCAUUACUGGAUCUCACCGCAGAGCGCUUUCGUCCCAUUGACGGCACCUUGGCCAGUUGGACAGCGGCAUUAUCUCUCGUUGAUACUCUUCUCCAUUUCGCACCACCAUUAUUAGUCUGCAUCAUCGAUGGCAUCGAUACGAUCCAUGAUGAAUCAACGGAUGUUGCCUUGCGAGAAUUGAUCCGAGUGCUACUCACACACACCCGUCAUCAACCGCCUAGUGGAGACAUCCCUGGUCCGACCUUUUUGUUUAAGGUUCUCUUUACCGUCGCCGGGCGUCCUAGUGCAUUGGUUGAGACCAUGUCCGAAAACGAACUCGUUGUGAGCGAGCCCACCCAGUCAGACGAGUCAACAAUUCUGACCCCUGGCCUCGGUGCAGUCACGAUGAAUGCAUAA